UGAGCAGACUCCCUAUCUACACCAGUAGGUGGCGGUGUUGUACAUUAAACGUUAUUUGCAGCUGAACACCAGAAGAAGAAAGAUGCGGAAGUCACUCACCGAGCGAGGGAGCGCGCCCCCUAGUUCGAAUCUAAUUUUAAAUCGAUCGUUUUGGACCUCUUCCCCUUUUUGCUUUUGUUUUUCCAACACCACACACGUCUGAUGUGUGACAAAAGUGUAUCAAAACGAACCGGCGUUCACAUUAGCUUAGCUUACUAGCGGCAGGCUCGAAUUCGCAACACGCCACAAAGCAGACAGCUUACGCGAUCGUGGUAAAAUGUGUAAAGUCACCAUGUUGAGAGAAUUAAUGAAGCAGCGACUCAACCUCGCCGUGGAGGAAAUAUAUCAACUUUUUGAAAGAACCAUAAUGGAGUACGAGGAAGAACUUGGUCGAACCAAGGCGGAGAAAGAACGACAAAGCCAAUUGCUGGGCUCCGUUUUAAAGUCUCUUGGUGGCAUACAGCAGGGAGACACGCAGCAGAGUCAAGCGGAGCCCGCAGUGGAGCACCCCGUCAUUAAAAAGGAAGAGGAGGAGGAGGAUGUGUGGAACGCUCAGGAUGGAGAACAGCCUCAAUGGCCAAAAGUGGCGGAAGUGGGACAGGAGGAGGCUGACAUCACUUUCACAACACCCGACGAACUUCAGCAACGUUGCCCGGACCCGGAUGGCAUCUUCGCUCCACUGUCAGAUAUAGAAGAUGAUGGUGAUUACGGACAAGAGGAAUCUUUCCGAUGCUCAUUCUGUCCUAAAUUAUUCUCCUCCAAGGGAAAUAUGAAGAGACACCUGAAAUCACACCAAGUACAGAAAACGUUCACCUGCUCCGUGUGCGCGGAAAGUUUCCCGACAAGAGGGCUCCUCCGAUCGCACAAAAGACGUCACAACAUCAACGUACCCGACAACCAAAAGUUUGACUGCUCGGAAUGCGGGAAAACAUUUGCCAAGCUUGCCCGUUUAAACAGACACAUGGCAAAACACACCGGAGAGAAACCGUUCGAGUGCUCCUUUUGCGAGAAGAAGUUCACUUGGCACUACGCGUUGAAAAGACACAUGAGGUCACACUCGAGUAGGGAGCACUUCUCGUGCCCGGUGUGCGCAAAAGGCUUCACCACCAAAUGGUACAUCGCAGUGCACAUGAGAACACACACCGGAGAGAAACCGUUCCAGUGCAACGUGUGUCAGAAACAAUUUCAUUUUAAGAACGGAUUUAAGAAGCACACUUGUGUCGUGGAUAACCAAAAUGCUGGUCAGUGAAGAUGAAGGACGCCUCCCAAGCUCACACACUUUGUGUAAUUGAGGGGGGAAAUUGUAUACUCGUAUUUUGGAAUUGAAAUUCCUUUUGUAAAUGUCGUUUGUGCUCUAAUGUAGCCCUUAUGAGUUCAGUUUGACAAAAUGUCCCUUUAAAAAAAAAUCACAAUGGCAUUUGUUCUGUAAAUGACUGAUGAUGAUCAGACUUGUGUACAAAUGUCAUAUUAGUCACGAGAUUAGAAAAUAGACAAAAAGUCAACAAAACUGGGCGGAAAACUUGUAAAUCUGAUGUUAAUUGGACGAAUUUGGACAAAAAAAAUGCAGAUAAAAAAAGCUAAGUGGUAAUGUUAAGAAACAAACAUAAUUACACAUAAUGAGAUGUGAUAUGCAUUUUGACAACAAAAAUAAACAUGACAUAUUGAUCCUUAA